AUGGCUGAGGAGAUCUCCGCUCAGAGCCUGGUAACGUUUGAGGAUGUCAGUGUCUAUUUCUCCCCGGAGGAGUGGGAGAUUUUGGAAGAGUGGCAGAGGGAGCUUUACCAGGACGUCAUGAGGGACAACUAUGAGCUUCUGAUCUCAAUGGAUGAUGAGAACUUUACUAUAAAAUCAGAACCACCUGCCCCCUUACCAGAGAGAUCAGAAGAGAAUCUCUCCAUGUCUCCAGACUGGAGAAACACCUACAAGAUCCAGUGCAAACCAGAAAGGCAGCAGAUGAACCCCACCAGAGCAGAGAAUGAGAAACUUACGGUGAAAUUAGACUCACCUGAACUAUCACCUGAACAGUCCAAAGACACUGUUUUUGAGUCUUCAGAUUGGGACAGCAUCUUCAGGAUCCCGUGCAAAUCAGGAAGGCAGCCGGUGAGCCCCAUUGAAGCGACCCAUGAGACCUCCGCUAUAAAACUGGAGGUACCGGACCGAUCAUCAGAAACAAGCCCAGAGAAUGUGACCGUGAAUUCAGACUGGGGGAAUGUCUGCAGGAUCCCGUGCAAAUCACAAAGGCAGACGAGGAGCACUCUACAGGCUGAGGCUGAACAAUCCGGCUUUGGCAACAUAGAGAAUUUUGCACUUUUCCAAGAACACCUGAAGAGAGAAAUGCCAUACGGGUGCAUGGAAUACGAAGACAACUUUGCGGAUCAGGUUGGCCUGGAACCACACCAGGGAAAGCUCCCACUGGAGGCUCCAUUUAACUGGACUGGUUGUGGCAGCGGCUUUGGGCCGAUGUCCCUUCUCAUGACUCAUGAGAAAACCCACAUGGGAGUGAGGCCGUACAUCUGCACGGAAUGCAAGAAGGGCUUCAAUCACAAACAAGACCUGAUACGGCAUUACCGUAUCCACACGGGAGAGAGACCCUAUCAGUGCACUGAAUGCGGGAGAAGCUUCGUCCAGAAAACGCACCUUAUAACGCACUUCCGAAUCCACACGGGCGAGAGGCCGUUUCCAUGUACUGAGUGCGGGAAAAACUUCAGGAAGAAAACCCACCUGAUGCGGCACCAGAGGACUCACUCGGGAACCCGGCCGUUUCCCUGCUCUGUCUGCCAGAAGAACUUCAGCCACAAGCAAGAUCUCGCCAGGCACCAGCAGAUCCACACAGGGGAACGGCCGUUCACGUGCACCGAGUGUGGGAAGAACUUCGGCUGGAAGAAGAAUCUCAUCACCCACCAGCGUAUCCACACGGGGGAGCGGCCCUUCAGCUGCGCCAAGUGUGGGAAGAGCUUCAGCUGGAAGAAAUACCUCAUCACGCACCAGAAGACCCAUGAGGAGAAGAGACUGUACAACUGCCCUCACUGCGACAGGAGCUUCUGCCAGAAAUCCGUGCUCAGCAUGCACCAGAAGACGCACCUCGAAAGGCGAUCCUACACCUGCGCCAUAUGCCAGAGGAGCUUCGGCCACAAGCAGGACCUCAUAAGGCACCACCGGAUCCACACCGGAGAGAGACCCUUCGCCUGCAGCGAAUGCGGGAAGAGCUUCAGCCAGAAGACUCACCUGGUGACCCACUUCCGGAUCCACACGGGCGAGAGGCCGUUCCUGUGCAGCGAAUGCGGGAAAGGGUUCAGCAAGAAAACCCACCUGAUGAGGCACCAGCAAAUCCACACAGGGGAGCGGCCCUUCAGCUGCACCCAGUGCGACAAAGGCUUCAGCUGCAAGAAGAACCUCCUCACCCACCAGCUGAUCCACUCCAGGGACGUGAUCCUCUACGCCUGCGCCGAGUGCGAGAAGAGCUUCACCUGGAAGAAGAACCUCAUCACCCACCAGAAGAUCCACGCGGGGAAGAAGCCGUUCGUCUGCACCGAGUGCGGGAAGAGCUUCAGCCAGAAAACCCACCUGAACACCCACCAGCGCAUCCACACCGGAGAGCGGCCCUUCCCCUGCGCCCAGUGCGGCAAGGCCUUCAGCCAGAAGUCCAUCCUCAUCACCCACCAGAAGACCCACCUGGGCAGCCGGCCCUAUGCCUGCACGGAGUGCGAGAAGAGAUUCAGCCACAAGCAGGACCUGAAGCGACACCUGAGGAUCCACACAGGAGAAAGGCCCUACGCGUGCACCGCGUGCGGCAAGAGCUUCAACCAGAGGACGCACCUCAUCACGCACUACAGGAUCCACACCGGGGAGAGGCCCUUCCCCUGCGACCUCUGUGGGAAGCGCUUCAGCAAGAAAACACACCUCAUGAGGCACCAGAGAGUGCACGCCGCGGUAAAGCCGCACAUGCGCAGACUCAACGUGGGGGCCAUCUCCAUGGGGAGCCAGAUUUCGGUCUCGGUUGGAAGUCCUAUCUCGCUGGGGGAUCCGCUGAAGGAGGAGACCAUAUACAUUUACCAGCUGUGA